CUAGCAAAGAUUGCCCUAUAGGGCGGGGAAAUAAGACGGGGCUGCGAGUUGGGGAUAGGGUUUCUUUGGGGGGCGUGGCUUAGGGAUCCUUGCUUUCCCGCCGACGGUUGGCCGUCUCACGUGACAUGGGUUGGAAAAUGGCGUCUCCCACAGACGGGACAGAUCUGGAAGCAUCUUUGCUAAGUUUUGAAAAACUUGACCGUGCCUCACCAGACCUUUGGCCAGAACAAUUACCAGGUGUCGCUGAAUUUGCAGCUUCCUUUAAAAGUCCUAUUACUAGUUCUCCACCCAAAUGGAUGGCUGAAAUAGAACGUGAUGACAUUGACAUGUUGAAAGAACUGGGGAGCCUCACCACAGCUAAUUUAAUGGAGAAGGUACGAGGCCUACAGAACUUGGCCUAUCAGCUGGGGCUGGAUGAGUAGAGAGAGUGGGAGCAGGAGCACAAGCAGAGGGAGUGGGAGAGAGAGAAGCAGGCUUCCCGCGGAGCAGGGAACCUGAUGUGGGGCUCAGUCACAGGACCCUGGGAUCAUGACCUGAGCUGAAGGCAGACACUUAAUGACCGAGCUACCUAUGUGCCCCCCCAGAUAUGCAUUCUUUGUCAGUUAUAUAAAUUGUAAGUAUCUUAUCCCCCCCUAUGGCUUGCCUUUUGAUUUUCUUAAUGGUAUAUGUUAAUGAACCAGUUUGUUUUUUCCCCCCAACUUUGUGUUUUGUUAAGUUUCAAAUCUCUUUAAAAUGUUUCAAGAAUAGGGGCGCCUGGGUGGCUCAGUUGGUGAAGCAUCUGCCUUCCGCUCAGGGCAUGAUCCCAGGGUCCUGGGAUUGAGCCCUGUGUCGGGCUCCCUGCUCAGCGGGGAGCCUGCUUCUCCCUCUCCCUCUGCCUGCUGCUCUGCCUACGUAUGUGCUCUCUCAUGUGUGCUCUUUCUCCCUCUCACAAAUAAAUAAAUAACAUGUUAAAAAAAAGUUCAAGAAUAGUACAAUACUUAUAUAGCCUUCACCUGUUCACAAAUUGUUAACAUUUGUCACAUUUGCUUUAUCAUUCCACAUAUAAUUUUAAGUUUAUUGUUUUAUUCUUGAACUAUUUGAGAGCUAGCUACAGAAACCAUGACACUUCAUAAAUACUUUAGCAUUAUUUUUAAAGAAUGAAGACAUUCUCCUACAUAUCUACAGUAUAAUUUUAACACACUCAAGAAAUUUAACAUGAUACAAUACAGUUGUCUGACAUACAAUCCAUAUUCAGAUUUCUCCAAUUUAAACAGAAGUUGUGAAUUUUAGUGUAGUUCAUUUUAGCAGUAUUUUCCCUUUUUGUUAAUGCCACCCCUGUCAUUUUAGUUUGGGUUAUGAUGUCAAAGCUGUAGUAUCUUAGGAAUAAAUAUUAAAUUACUAGAUAUGUGACUUGGGCUGGCUGAAUUCUUUUCUUCCCCCACUUCUUCUCCCUCGUGGGGAUAUCAGAAUAUUAUUAUUGGUUACAUAAUAGAAAAAAUUCGAACGGUCAAAGUGAGAGUGUGUUUUCUGCAACUCACUGGUUUCCUGAUUUGAUGUGUAAGUUUUCUGACAACCUUACUGAGUGAUGAAUUUUUAAAUGUGUUAUCAUUUGUCAUGUGAAAAUCCUUAGAAAACCACUUUCCUUGAAAACCAAAGCAUCUUUAACUGUUUGUUGACUAACUUGGGCGCCAUAUGACAAAAAAACUUGCAUAAUGAACUAAUAGCCGAGUUGAUGCAUACAAUUAUUUUAGGAUUGGAAAGGAAAGAAUAAGGAAGAUUUUAGUCUCAUAUUAGUAAUUAAAACUUGCAUCACUUAAUUAUAAAAGCAGAAGACAUCUUUUCGAAUGUGUAUGGAAACCAUUAUGGUUAGUAGUAUAAGAAAUAUAGAGUAAAUUUGUAAUAUAAAAUGGAAACAACAGAUCUAAGCAAUGGAGAAUUAUAAGAAUAGAGAAAAGUUGUUUGGGUGGGUUGUGGAAACCAUAGGGAAUUAUACUCGAGCCAUUGAUUUCAGUUGGAUUAUUAAUGUCUUAUCUAAAUGCUGUGCUUAUAGACCUUACAGUUUGACCCUGAGUGAGAAAUCUACCCUGUGCAGUGGAUUAUUUUUAGAAACAGUUGAGCCUACUAGAUAGGUUUCUUUUGAGAAACAGUUUUAAACAUUAAAAAAAGAAAAGUAACUUCAUGGGGAUUGGAACUACAUGUUGUGAAAAUGAAUCCGUGUCAAAUUCCCCAGUCAACUAGAAAGAAAAACCAGCGUGAAAAAGGAAAUGCAUUGCUGUGAAGAAGCCUGAGGAAAAAGAGCUUGUUUGGGGAUCUUUGUUGCGAAGGUUUAGGAAAUCACUGAAGCACUGUACACAAUCUUUAGUGGCUUACUGUCCAGCAUAGUUUUUUUCAGUUCAUUGACCUUUUGUAGAAAUGAAUACACUGUAGCUAAUGUAAAACAUGUGAGCAAUGACUUUAAGUCCCUGUUUCAUGGUUACAAACAUGUCCCCUGGGAGAGUAGUCUGAUCAUUGGUAUCACUGUGGACAUUUUGUGAGGUUUUUGUGGGGGGGGGGGUUGUGUUUUUUUUUAAAAAAAUUUUAUUUAUUUAUUUGAGAGCGAGAGCGUGCAUCAGUUGUGGGGUGGGGGGAGAAGCAGACUCCCCGCUGAGCAGGGAGCCCAACACAGGGCUUGAUCCCAGAACUCUGGGAUCAUGACCUGAGCUGAAGGCAGAUGCUUAACCUACUGAGCCACCCAGGUGCCCUAUGAGGUUUGUUUUUAAAAAGAAUUCUUAAGAGGUCAGAUCCAAGAAAUUAAUAUCUGUAUUUGAUUGGUUGAAAAGCCUAAGUUUGUCUGGUUUAAAGAAAGCUUUGGAAGGGUAUACUAUCUUAUUGUAGUGAACAGCUUGUAGGUAUUGCUUUUUCAAAAUAUAGCUUAAGAAGUACCUCUAUUUGGGGCGCCUGGUGGCUCAGUCGGCUAAGUGUCUGACUCUUGGUUUUGGCUCAGGUCAUGAUCUCAGGGGCUUGGGAUUGAGCCCUGUGUUGGGGUCCCUGCUCAGUGGAGAGUCUGCUUCUCCCUUUCUCUCUCUCUCUGCCUCUCCCCCUGCUCGUGCUCGUGCGUGCUCUCUCAAAUAAAUAAAUAAAAUCUUAAAAAAAAAAAAAAGGACAAUUCAGUUGUAAGUCUAUGUGUGGACAAUUUAUGAGGAUCUACCCAGGAGAUAGUUAAAUGUAUGGAUCUAGUGGCAGGAAAUAGAGUUUUGAACAUCAUCAGCUUAUAGGUUCUAAUCAGUGAGAAAGAGAUCACCCAGGAAGGAUGUGUGAUGUUAAAACAGAACUCUGGUGUGGUAGGCAGAUUCUGAGAUGGUCUCUCUGAUCCCUGCUACUGGUAUUUAUGCCCUUGCAUGAUCUUAUUAUUCCCUUGAGUGUGGGCUAGAUCUAGUGACAGCAGAAGUGAUGGAAUGCUACUUCUGUGAUUAAAUUACAAAAAGACCAUGACUUCUGUCUUGUUCUCCCUCAUUACCCUUUCAGAAAAACAAGCUGCCAUGUUGUGAGUAUGGAGAGAAAAACUGGCUUGGGAAUUUUAAGAGCCUGGUCAUUGGGAACAGACUUAUUCUAAUACUUACUAAACUUGACAACUUAUCUCUCUCUGACUCAUUUUCCUUGUCUAUAAAAUGGAGGUAAUAAUAAUACCUAUCUUACUGGGUUGUUGAGAGGAUUAAAUUGGAUGAUGAUUAUAAAAUGCCUAGUAUGAAUCUUCAUGACCUUGGAUCUGGCCACAGAUUCUUACAUAUGACACCAAAAAAAUGCAAGCAACAAAAUAAAAAAUAGAUAAAUUGGACUUCAUUAAAGUUAAAAACAUUUAUGCUUCAAAGGACAUUAUCGAGAAAGUGAAAUGACAACCCACAGAAUGGGAGAAAACUUUUGCAAAUCGUUUAUCUGAUAAGAGGCUAGUAUCUAGGGCGCCUGGGUGGCUCAGUUGGUUAAGCGACUGCCUUCGGCUCAGGUCAUGAUCCCGGAGUCCUGGGAUCAAGUCCCACAUCAGGCUCCCAGCUCAGCGGAGAGCCUGCUUCUCCCUCUGACCCUCUCCCCUCUCAUGCUGUUUUUCUCUCUCUCUCUCUCUCUCUCUCGAAUAAAUAAAUAAAUAAAAUCUUAAAAAAAAAAGAGGCUAGUAUCUACAAUAUAUAAAGAACGCUUACAACUCAACAACAAAAAGACAAACAACCCAGUUAAAAAAUGGGCAAAGGACUUGAAUGGACAUUUCUCCACAGAAGAUAUACAAAUGGCCAAUAAGUACAUAAAAAGAUGCUGAACAUCAUUAGUCAUUAGGGAAUUGCAAAUCAUAGACACAAUGGUAUCGAUAUCAUUUCAUACCCACUAAUAUGGCUAUAAUAAUAAUAGUUUUUUAAAAACCGAAAAUAACAAGUGUUAGCAAGGAUGUGGUGAAAUUAGAACUCUCAUACAUUGCUGUUGGAAAUGUAAAAUGAUGUUGCCACUGUGGGAAAGUUUGGUGGUUCCCUAAAGGUUAAACAUAGAGUUACCACAUGACCCAGCAAUUCCACUACUAGAUAUAUACCCAGAAGAAUUGAAGACAAGAACUCAAAUACUUGCACAUGUAUGUUCAUAUCAGUACUAUUCAUGUUAGCCAAAAGGUGGAAACAACCCAAAUGUCCAUUAACAGAUGAAUGGAUAAGCAAAAUAUGGUAUAUACAUACAAUGGGAUAUAAUUCAGCCAUAAAAAUGAAUGAAGUACCGAUACAUAGUACAACAUGGAUGAAUCUCAAAAACGUUAUACUAACAAGGAAGCCAGAUACAAAAAUGUCGCAUAUGUUAUGAUUCCAUUUAUAUGAGACAUCCUGGGUGGAUAAACCCAUAGAGACAGCAGAUUGGUGGUUGCCAAUCAGGAGAAAGGAAAGAAGAUGGGGUAGAAAUGGGGAGUGACUGCUUUUAAUGGGUACAGGAAUUUCUUUUGGGGUGAUGAAGAUGUUUUGGAAUUUGAAAUAAGUGGUGGUUGCACAAUCUUGUGAAUAUACUAAAUGCCAUUGAAAUGUACACUUAAAAAUUUCACCUCAGUAAGAAGAAUGCAUAGGAUGGUGUUUGACACCUAGUAAGCUAUCAAUAAAUUUUAGAUUUUAUUAUUGCCUACUGUCACCUUUAUCAUUAAUUUAGCUGAGUGACCUUGGGCAUCAGUUUCCUCAGUUGAAGAACAAAGUUGUUGGACUAGAAGACCCUUGAGAUCCUUGGUAGCAUUAAAAUUCUGUUAUUUUAAGAUACAGUAUUCAUUGUGUAGGGAGAACCAACUCUUACUCCUUCUGGGUUUCUCCUUUUUACUCUCAACGCUGCUGGCAUGCUCUACUGUCACAACACUUCUGACACCACCUAUGGGUUUUUUGUCCUCACACCAAGCAAUUCUGUGACACCAGCGGGGUGUCCUACAAUUUAACUAAAUUCUGACUUGCUGGAGAUACUGUCAGAUCCCACAGGUUAUGGGCUUGGUCCCACAGGACUCCCCUCCCUCCCACUUCAGAUACCAGUCGCAAGUCCAGGUUGUCACUUGUGCCUGUGACUGAUCGACUAUAAAUCAGAUGAUCCCACAGACUCCUUCUUGGGUUUGAUUAAUUUGCUAGAACUCAGGAAAAGUUUACUUACUGUUUACCAGUUCAUUAUAAAAGAAUAUGAUAAAGGAUACAGAUGUACAUCCAACUAGAAGAGAUUUGUAGGGCAGGGUAUGUGGAAAAGGCACAGAGCUGCCGUGCCUUCUCCAGUUGAGCCACUCUCCCAGCACCUUCACGUGUUUACCAGCCCAGAAGCCCGCCGAACCCUGUACUUUGUUCAUUUUAAUGGAGGCUUUAAUCACAUAGCCAUGAUCAAUCAUUAAUUCCAUUUCCAGCCCCUCUUCCCUCUCUGGAGGAGGGAGUGGUAUGAAUGAAAAUCCCAAGCUUCUAAUUAUGGCUUGGUCUUUCUGGUGAGCAGCCCCCAUCCAGGAACCCACCAAGAGUCACCUCAUUAGAACAAAAGACACUGCUGUCACCCAGGAGAUUCCAAGGGAUUUAGCAACUCUGUAUCGGGAACUAGGGUCAAAGAUUAAAUAUUAGAACAAAAGAUGCUCCUAGGCGUCUUACCACUUAGGAAAUUAUAAGAGUUUUAGGAGCUCUGUGCCAGGAACCAGGAGCAGAGACCAAUAUCUUUACUUUUUAUUAUCUCACAUUCAUACAGCAAAUAUUUAUUGUGUACUUUCAGGGUACUGUGCUAGGUACCAAGGACUUAGCAGUAAAUAAGAGAGAUGGUUUCUGCUGUCACGGAGCUAACAUUCUCGUAGAAAAGGCAUUAUGCAAAUAAUUGCUGAUAAAUUGUUUUAAGUACAAUGUGGGGCAGAGGUCAAGUGGGCAGUGAUCGUUCUGAGAAAAAGAUACUUAAGUAUGAAGAAUGAAUUGGAGUUAAUUGAGUGAAGGAAAGGGAAAUGAGCUUUCUAGAAGAAAUAGCAGUUCUGGUUGUGGGAAGGAAUAUUAUAGUGUCCUUGCAGAACUGAAAGAAGGCUAAUAUACCUGGAACAGACAGUGACUGCUGAGGUAGACAAAGGCUAGAUCAUGUAAAACUUCUUGGGUUUUGGACAUUAUCCAAAGAACACUGGGAAAUCAUUGAAGGGCUUAAGCGAGCAAUAUUCAGCAUCUGGCCUCGUAGAGAAUGGUUUGGAGGGCAGCAAGAGAGGAACUAGGAAUACCAAGUAGGAGGUCAUUGGAAUAGCCAAGACUGUGAUGCCUAGAAGUGAUGCCUAGUGGCCAGGGAGGGAAAUCACUGAAUUUGAGAGUGAUUUAGGACAAAGUCUUGAUUGAUUUACUGUGGAACAUGAGAAAAGGAGACAGAGUUGUCAACAAUGAGUCCCAGAUUUCUCCCCUGAUCAUGUAAAUCAGUGGCAUGUAAAGAACAUUGGAAAGCCUUCUGCUUUUGGCUGAGAUGGAAUAGCAGGGACUAGAUUCGCUUUCCCACCUGGAACAAUUUUUUUAAAUGACAAAAUACAUGAAACAAUGGUUUUAGGACACUGAUAGCAGGCAACAAAAGACAGUGGUCUCUGAGAGAUAGGUAGUAAAUGAGAUGAGCCCUGUGAUUAUCCCAGCUUAUUGCUUUGACAGUUUUCAAGCUGUGGUACAGGGAGGGGGAUCCCAGGCAGAGACUGGCAAACUCCCUGAGUUGAAGAAACAGAGCUAAGAGUCUGGAGAGACCAAGGCAGCUGGCGUUCACAGGACAGAGUUCCAGAAAGGAGAAGGCUAUACAGAGAGAGAAUCCUGGAGAUCUGCAGACGGUCCUCUUAGAGGCUCCAGCUGAGUAUCUAUCAGUGCAUUCAUGUGAGGAAACUACUUGAAGCCGAAGAGAGUACCACCUGGAGGGAUUGGGGGAAACAGCGGCUGACACCUUAGGCCGGUACUAGUGCUUGGUCCCACCAGCCAGCCUGCAAAAAUCUCAUGAUUCACAGGACUCAGAAGUGUUUUGCCUCAGUAGUGGUGAAUACAUUCGUCAAAACUUCCCACACUGAACAUUUCAAGUAUGUGCAGUUCAUAUAUGAAUUAUACCUCACCAAACUUUAAAAAAAAAAACAAUGGAGGAGGAACAGAUUCGUAAGGAAAGAUGAAGAGUUUGGUUGUUGACAUGGAGUUUGGCUUUGGAUGUUAAUUGGAGACAUUGUAGGCAGUUGAAUGUGUGGAUGAGUGAGAGUUUUGUCAGGUGGUAGAGGCAGUUUGAAAUGCAGUGAGGAAUGAGUGGAAGAUAGGAAAUGUAGAUAAUGCUUACAGAGUUCAGCUGUUAAGAGGGAGAGAGGGUGGUUGCUAGAGGGAGAAGUGGAGUCGAAGUAUGUUGUUUGCUAUUAGACAAUAGACUUAUGUAUGUUUAAAUUCCGGUGGCAGAGAUGGGAGACACAGGUGAAAAGGGGUGAAGUAUAAGUAAGCUUCCUGAGAAGGAGGGGCCAGGGUUUAGAGCACAAGUGUGCUGGCCUUACGUUGGAAGAGAGAGCUACUGUCUCAUAACCAGAGGAUGGGGAAAACAGAUGAUGAUGCAGGUCUGUGCACUGGUGGAAAGAUGAGAGAGUGCCUGUAUGUUGCAUCAGAGUGUUUCCUUUUCUGUGCCUCUCCAAUUUAAAUUGAAUAAAUAUACCAGAAAAUGAAGAAGUAAUUAAAUAUGCUUUUAAUGUAGAAUGGCAACCAAAAUUUUCAAUUUCAACAUGAUUUAGGAAUUAAGUUGUUUAUUCUUGGGGUGCCUGGGUGGCUUAGUCAGUUAAGUGUCCAACUCUUGAUUUCUGCUCAGGUCAUGAUGUCAGGGUUGUGUGAUCAUGCCCCAUGUUGGGCUCUGUGCUGGACGUGGAACCUGCUUAAGAUUCUUUCUCCUCCCCUGCCCCUCCCCCUUAAAAGAAAAAACAAAAAAUGUUGUUUAUUCUUACACUGGUUUCUUCUUUGCCUAUCUAGGCCAUCCUACAACAAAUAAUCAGCCCAGAUCCUGUCCCCCAUCAUCCAGUGUGCUUUAAGUACCACACUUGUGCUUUUCCUCAGUUCUGGCAAUCUUAAGUGUAUUCCUAGCGUCAGCGUGGAAUUCCUAAAUGCAUGAGUGUUUCUAAUUGAGAUUUGGAGGAUAACCAAGAAUAAGAUUUGUUUGUAUUUACACAGUGACUUAUUUAAAAAGUAGACAGUUUUCUGGUCUAAAAGAUCUUAGUUUGCAGUUUCUUAUGCUUUUCAAAAUAACAUCUAGCGUGGGGAAAACGAGUUCUAAAAUGUAAAAGCCCUGCUUGGUUUUAAAAUAAAAACGGUCAUAUAGGGGUACCUGGGUGGCUCAGAUGGUUAAGCGUCUGCCUUCGGCUCAGGUCAUGAUCCCAGGGUCCUGGGAUCGAGCCCCGCAUCGGGCUCCCUGCUUGGCGGGGAGCCUGCUUCUCCCCCUCUAUCUACUGUUCCCCUGCUUGUGCUCUCUCGUUCUGUCAAAUAAAGAAAAUCUUAAAAAAAAAAAAAAAAGGUCAUAUAGCAUUGUAGAGAGAUGAGAAAUGGUAUGUGUAAAGUGCUUUGCAAAGGUCUAAGUAAAGCAAGUACAUUAUAGUGCUAAUGAUGUAGCUAUAUACAUGGUUAGACGCCAGGGACUGUAAGAACAAGAGAUAUUGCUUAUCUAACUGAAAAUAAUUGUUAAAGCCACAGAGGUUUUUUUUGUAGUGUGUAUUUUUUUUUUUUAAGAUUUUAUUUAUUUAUUAGAGAGCACAGGAGGGAGAAGCAGAGAGAGAGAGAUAAGCAGACUCCCUGGGACCCCAGAAUCACGACCUGAGGCGAAGGCAGACGCUUAACUGACUGAGCCACCCAGGCACCCCUGUAGUGUGUAUUUUUUUUUUGAAAGAUUUUUAUUUAUUCAUUUGAGACAGAUAGAGAACAUGAGCAUGGGGAGAGGCAGAGGGAGAGGGAGAUGCAGAUUCCCCGCUAAGCAGGGAGCUGGACGUGGGGCUCAAUCCCAAGACCCUGGGAUCAUGACCUGAGCCGAAGGCAGACGCCCAACCAUCUGACCACUCAGGUGCCCCAGUAGUGUGUAUUUUUAAAAGUUAAAUAUGAGCUUUAUUUUUUUGCCAUUAUAAAACAAUACAUAUUCAUUAUAGAAAAUAUAAAGAAAGCAAAAAUCCAACAAAAUCACAGCAUCCCAAAAUGGUAGUCACUUUUAACAUUUUAGUGAACGUUCUUCCAACAUCUCUAAGAGGUAUUAUACACGUGUACGUACACACAUACACACACGUAUGCAUAUAAAUAUAAAUUUUACAUGCAUGGCAUCAUGCUAUUCUUGUUCUGUAACCUGCUUUUUCAACUUAGUUCGUUGUGGACAUCUUUCAGUGUCCAUGAAAACAUAAUCAAAUCAUUAGUUUUAUGACUGCAGAAUACCAUUAUAUGAUUAUUUAUUGUAUAUUUUGUUAAUUCUCUCUUAGUGGACAUUCAGGUUGUUUCCAGUGUUUUCACUAAAGUAAAUCAUGCUGCAGUGAGCAUCCUUUGCGAGAUCAAAGUGAAUGGCACAUUUAAUGUUUUUACACAUAUUGACAAAGUAACUUCACUUAUCCAAAUCAUAUUUCUGAGAACGGUCAAUGAAAGCACUGUAUUCCUCCAACUUAGCCAACCCUGGAUAUUGUUAAACUUUUUAAUACUUGCCCAUUUUAUAGAAAAACUAUGUUUCAAUAUUUUUUACAUGUGUUUCUUUGAUCGCUAAUAAAGUUGUGUUUAUUGGCCACAUGUUUUCCUCUUUCAUGAAUUUCCUCUUAUAAUCCUUGUCUACUUUUCUGUUGGGUCAGCUUCCCAUUUUUAAAGGUGAGGAAACAGGUCUAAAGAAAUGAAAUGACUUUCCCAUGGUCAGCCAGCAACUUAGGGACAGAAUCGGUGAUCAUGGCAUGCUGGAGCUGGAGGGGGAUCUUAGACAUCAUUGAAUCCCAACCCUCUAAUGUUACAGAUGCACAAACAGAGGCCUAAAGAUAUUAGGUGACUUGACUAAGGACAGCUACACAGUUCAUUAAUGACAGAACCAGGCAUCUGAAUCAUGUCUCAUGAAGAGGGAAAGGCAAGUAACAUUUUUGAGCCUGCUGUGUUUCUUAUGUGUGUUUUCUCAUUUAAUUCUCACUAUUAUUUUACUAUAGUUGACCCUUUAAUAAUGCAGAGGUUGGGGCACCAACCCACCCCCCCCCGUGCAGGCGCAAAAUCCUCAUAGAACUUUUGACUCCCCCAAAACUUAAUUACUAAUGGCCAAUUUUUGACCUGAAACCUUACCAAUAAUAUAAACAGUUGAUUAGCACAUGUUUUAUAUGUUACAUAUAUUAAAUACUAUAGUCUUACAAUAAAGUAAGCAGAGAAAAGAAAAUGUUAUUAAGGAAAUCAUAAGGAAGCAAAAAUACAUUUACAGUACUGUACCGUAUUUGCCAAAAAAUAUCCAUGAGUAAGUGGACCCAUGCAGUUCAAACUUCUGUUGUCCAAGGGUCAGUUGUACUUCCAUUUGAACAAAUAAGGUGACAGAGGUUCAUCUGUUCAGAGAGCUUCAUUGAUUUGCCCAGCACACACCUAGUUACUUGCAAACCUGGACUGGAAUUUAAGUCUUCUGAUGCUUAAUCCAGGGGUAUCAUUGCCUCAUAGAGUAGUAACAGUAGACAUGUUUCUUGACUUCACUUAAAUAUUCAUUUGAUAACAUGAUUUGCCUCUUGAGAACUUGUAAAUAAAACUGCCUCUCGGGGCGCCGGGUGGCUCAGAUGAUUAAGCAUCUGCCUUUGACUCAGGUCAUGAUCUCCAGGUCCUGGGAUUGAGCCCCACGUCAGGCUCCCAGUUCAGCAGGGAGUCUGCUUCUCCCUCUCCCUCUGCCUCUCCCCCUGGUUGUGCUCUCUCUCUCUCUCAAAUAAAUGAAUAAAUCUUUAAAAAACAAAACAAAAAAACUGCCUCUGUUUAACGGUUCUUGUUAGAUGCUGGAUUAGACUAUGUGUCUAUUUUUGUGCCAGUACCAUGCUGUCUUGGUAUUCACAGCUUUGUAAUAUAGCUUAAAAUCAGGCAAUGUGAUGCCCCCAGCUUUGUUUUUCUUUUUCAACAUUUCCUUGGCGAUUCGGGGCCUUUUCUGAUUCCAUACAAAUUUUAGGAUUGUUUGUU